CAACCCUUGCAUCCUCAAAAAUUUCCCAAACUCUUCUUCUUUCGGUGGCGGCGCUUUCCUACAAGCGCCGCCUCUUGUUCCUGCAUUUCAAGACAUGGGGGAUCCCAUUGCCAUUGUUCCAUACGACCCACACGAUGAAGAUGCCACCAUGAUUCUUAAUUUCAGCGGCCAUAAUCCCACGCUUCUUGAUUCACACAACCACGCACAGUUUUCUUGCUUUUCCUCGCCGUUGCCUGAACUGGAUGUGGAUGAUGCAGCAGCCAUACUGGCCGACAUUGAUUCAUAUUUAGAUGAUACGAGUUUUUCCGUUGGAGCGUCAGACAAUAACAACGUUGAAGCGGGUCCUUCAGAAAUUCGCCAGCACAAUCUUCCGGUUUCUCAUCAGAAUCUGGAUGUAGCAUUUUCGUGGCAGGGCUCACCAAUACCAUUUUCUUGCACUCUCUGUCAAGUGCUUCGCGAAAUAGUUCAUACUGAUUGUAUUCAUUUUUCCAAACUCCAAAUUCACGGCACGCUCGGGCUCAUCUCUCAUGCGGUUUUUUAUCAGAAUGCCGGUGUGCGUUCUUCGGCCCAUCAACGAUUUCAAAUAUUCGAUUUUUCCGAUAAAAGCUUGUACCAAAUCAAGGCUUUCCUAGUCCGACACUGCUUGAUCCAAAGUUCAAUGGGCUACUUCAUGAUGCAAGAUCCACUUUCUUCCUAUUAUGAAGCCCUCUGCUGUGGAUUGGAUUGGGCUGAAGACUCCCGUGAUGACUUCAGUGACCAUAAACCUGAAACUUCGGGAGCAAAAUCUGGCAUGGAACAAGAGGAGGAGGCCGGGGAUGGCACAGCAAGGACUUCAAACACUUGCCAUGCGGAACAGAGGGAGAGGAUCGCGAGGAUGAAAUUGAGCGAUAUGAGAGGAUUCUUUAGUCUGCCUAUUCAAAAAGCAGCCAAGAAAUUGAAGUUAUGUCCCACUGUUAUGAAGAAAAUAUGUCGUAAAGAAGGACUACAGCAAUGGCCUUACAGAAAGGUAAAAAGCUUGGUGAGGCAAAUAUCAAUACUGAGAAGGGCUCUGGAAUCAGAAGAUGGUGCGUCAACAAGGUCACAAACCGAAGCAGAAAUUGAGAGACUAGAACAGGAAAUAUUUCGGCGCUGUGGUGGAUUCCCCCCAACUUCAUGGAAUUUCGAAUGAAAGUUGUAAAUGGAUUGUAAACAUAACUGUUCUUCUUCCAUAUGUAUGUAUACAUGGAGGAAGGCUUUUCCCUUCGGAAAUUACUGGAGUUGUUGAGGAGGCUUCUUUCAGUAACGGUAUGAAAUUCAUAUUCUCUUUCCCAACAUGUUUGCAUGGAUAGCCAAGUAGGCUUAUCGUG